GGGUGAACAGGUGCGAAGUGUGCUGGGAGCAUCCGGCCGGCGGCCGGGAGCAGGGAACAUGGAGAGUGAGCGCGACAUGUACCGCCAGUUCCAGGACUGGUGCCUCAGGACUUACGGGGACUCAGGCAAGACCAAGACGGUGACCCGUAAAAAAUACGAGCGGAUCGUCCAGCUCCUCAACGGCUGCGAGUCGAGCUCCACAGACAACGCCAAAUUUAAAUUCUGGGUCAAAUCGAAGGGUUUCCAGCUGGGCCAGCCGGACGAGGUCCGCGGGGGCGGCGGCGGCGCAAAGCAAGUGCUCUACGUGCCGGUCAAGACCACGGAUGGCGUAGGGGUAGAUGAGAAGCUAUCUUUGCGGCGGGUAGCCGUGGUUGAAGAUUUCUUUGACAUUAUCUAUUCAAUGCAUGUGGAAACAGGGCCAAAUGGAGAACAAAUUCGGAAACAUGCUGGACAAAAGAGAACUUACAAAGCAAUUUCAGAGAGCUAUGCCUUCCUACCAAGAGAAGCGGUGACACGGUUUCUAAUGAGCUGCUCAGAGUGCCAGAAAAGAAUGCAUUUAAACCCAGAUGGAACAGAUCAUAAAGAUAAUGGAAAACCUCCCACUUUGGUGACCAGCAUGAUUGACUACAACAUGCCAAUUACCAUGGCCUAUAUGAAGCACAUGAAACUGCAGCUGCUAAACUCACAGCAAGAUGAGGAUGAAAGUUCAAUAGAAAGUGAUGAAUUUGAUAUGAGUGAUUCAACACGGAUGUCAGCUGUGAACUCUGACCUUAGCUCCAAUCUUGAGGAAAGGAUGCAAAGUCCCCAGGCUCUUCAUGGCCAGCAGGAUGAUGAUUCUGCUGCAGAGAGCUUUAAUGGCAAUGAGACUCUGGGGCACAGUUCAAUUGCUUCAGGGGGAACACACAGCAGGGAGAUGGGCGACUCUAACGGUGAUGGCAAAACUGGGCUGGAGCAGGAUGAGCAGCCACUGAACCUGAGUGACAGUCCCCUCUCAGCACAGCUGACUUCAGAAUACAGAAUAGAUGACCACAGCAGUAAUGGAAAAAACAAAUAUAAGAAUCUGCUAAUUUCUGACCUCAAGAUGGAACAAGAAACGAGAGAAAAUGGAAGCAAGUCCCCUGCACAUAGCUAUUCAAGCUACGACUCGGGCAAAAAUGAGAGUGUAGACCGAGGUGCUGAGGACCUGUCCCUAAACAGGGGAGAUGAGGAUGAAGAUGACCACGAUGACCACGAAGAUUCUGAGAAAGUUAACGAGACAGAUGGCGUUGAGGCCGAACGGCUGAAAGCUUUUAAUAUGUUUGUCAGGCUGUUUGUAGAUGAAAACUUGGACCGAAUGGUCCCAAUCUCUAAGCAGCCCAAAGAAAAGAUCCAGGCUAUCAUUGACUCAUGCAGGCGACAAUUCCCUGAGUAUCAAGAGCGUGCCCGAAAACGCAUACGUACUUACCUCAAGUCCUGCAGGCGGAUGAAAAGAAGUGGUUUUGAGAUGUCUCGACCUAUUCCUUCCCACCUUACUUCAGCAGUUGCAGAGAGUAUCUUGGCUUCAGCCUGUGAGAGUGAGAGUAGAAAUGCCGCCAAGAGGAUGCGUCUGGAUAGACAACAGGAUGAAUCUGCUCCAGCUGACAAACAGUGUAAACCAGAGGCGGCCCAGGGCACUUACUCAACCUCAGCUGUUUCAGGCUCCCAGGAGGUGUUGUACAUCAACGGAAAUGGGACCUACAGUUACCAUAGUUACAGAGGGCUCGGAGGGGGACUGCUAAAUCUGAACGAUGCUUCUAGUAGUGGACCCACUGAUCUCAGCAUGAAGAGGCAGUUGGCAACCAGCUCAGGAUCCUCCAGCAGUUCGAGCUCCAGACCCCAGCUGAGUCCAACUGAAAUCAAUGCAGUGAGACAGCUGGUUGCAGGAUAUCGGGAAUCCGCUGCAUUUUUAUUGCGUUCCGCAGAUGAACUGGAAAAUCUUAUUUUACAACAGAACUGAGUCCAGCGACGAUCCUCUUCACUGAGGUUUAAAUUUGCAGUUUCCACUAAUGACGUUUUGAUUUCCCAGCAGAGAUGCGUCUGGUCUUACUGCACAGUCUUAAGAGAAAUAUUUCCAUUAUGCCACAUUGUCCUUGAUCCAUAAAGUGAUGUGUUUAGGUGCUUCAAAGGAACUCUGGCCUCUGAAGUACUUGAGAUACUUUAAUGUGUCCAGCCUACUGUUUUUUGUUUCAGUGUGCCCGCAUUAAUACCUGGGGCAAAAAAAAAAAAGGCUGUCUAUUCCUAAUUCAAGGAUAAAACAGAAGAAGCUUGUGGUAUAAAAAGUAGUUCAAGAUCCAACUGAAAUAUCAGUGGAAUUUGCUACUGACUUACUGGACUGAAAGCUGCAGUAUCUGGCAAAAAAAAAAAAAGCCAAAAUUUCUCAUUGCUACAGGAUAUAACAAUGAAAAGGAUCUUGUAUUUUAAAAAAAUAUGUAAUUUUUAUAAAAAGAAAACUUGUUUUUCAUUCAGAAUUGUCAUUUUUACUUUGGUAACUUUUUCAUAGGUCCUAAAAAGAAAACUGUUUUGAGAAACUACUGUAAGUACCUUUUCCACCUCCCUUUGCCUUCUCCUCUUUCCAAAUUCUUUCUACAAAAAUAACACUUGAUGCUGGGGGAAAAAAAAAAUACCCUUGCCUACGUUCUUUAAAUCGUCGCAUCAGGAACUACUUCCAAGAGAAGCCUGCGUUUCUGCACUCAUGCUGGUCUCAAGCAUUCCACUCACCAUUGCAGCUUUACCAUAGCGGUUUUCACCACAGAAUUUUUUUAAUAUUGAAAAAGACAUAUCAUUGAAAAAAAAAAAUGACACCUUGGUUUCCUACAGCUGCUCUCCCCAGAUUGCCGCUGCUGUCUUAUGGGCAUCCCUCUAGCAGCCAUUGGAUGUCGAUGACUGAAUGUUAAAGAGGUUGCAAGUGACAAUCUGAAAAUUUGCACUCUUGUGUGUAGUUUUCUUUUCUCUCUUUCAGAAAUAUUUCCCAAAAAGACCAUUACCUCUCCUGAUAUGAUUUGUAUAAUUUACAGUUGUAGGUAAAAAUGAUGUAAAGAACUCUCAGUGGAUGCAGCUGCAAUCUACAAUGAACUGUCCCCGCCUCUUCCCCAUAUUUUGCCCUUCUUCCUUAUUUUAUAGUGUUGAAUACACAUGAAUGGUGUUUUCUUUGUGCACUGAGGCAAGCCUAUUUUUUAAAUAUUUAGGGAGGAGUACAUCAGUUUACGCUUCUUGUACAAUUUUUUUCUGUUGUUUGGCUUCGGUUGGAUUACAGGUUCUUUGUGCAUUCCUGAAUUUGCCUUAUUUCAUGUAAAAUUUAUGUCAUUUGGUUUUUGAUAAUAAGUUGAAGACAUCAGUGAUAUUUCUUAACUACUUGUUACAUAUAGUUUUUCAAGUAAUGACUGUGAUUGUGACCAAGUAAUGUGCACUUUUUCUUGUAACUGUGGACAUUGCUAUGCUCUUUUCUUCUAGUGUUUCUAGAAUUACUGUUCCUUACAGUUACGUAAACAAAAAACAAAAAAACAAAAAAGAACUUUUGUGAUACUGUUGGUGAAUAUAAUGUGAAAAUCUUAUUGAAAUAUGAGUAUUUUGGAAAUACAUAGAUGCACAAACAUCUUUUAAGGUGUGGAUUUAGAGUUUGCUUAUUUAAAUGAAAAUUCAAAAACUGAGGGCUGGUAUAAUUUUCUC